AUGAAAUUCCUUGCCACCCUUUCGCUCCUCGCCGCUACUGUCACACCUGUUGCUUCCCAGUCCAUCAUUGACUUGGCUGCCGCCGAUGGAAAGUACGGAACACUCUUGAACGCUGUCACCAACACUCCUGGAGUUCUUGACACUAUCACGGCCAACUUCCCAGUCACCAUCUUUGGUCCAACCGAUACUGCCUUUGGUGAUAUUUCUGAAGUUGUUGCUGGAUUGGACGAGUCUGCUUUGGCAACUGUUCUCGCGAGCCACGUCGUCGCCGGAGUUGUCACUGCCGAAGAUGUCAUCGAUGCCGGAUGUGUCGAGUUGAGAAGCUUGUCAGGAGCACAACUGCGUGUGGCAUUCGAGAAUGGCAGAGUCACGGUGAACGAGUCGAAUGUCAUUCAAGCCGACAUUACUGGAGAAGGAGGCGUCAUUCACGGAAUCAAUAAGGUGAUCUUGCCAGGAACUUUCACAGCUUGCGGAGAUUUGGCCAAGGGAUCCAAGAAGGGCGGAGUGGGAUCAAAAGGAUCAAAGAAGUCAUCGGGUUCAAGCAUGUCAUCAGGCAAGGGUGGCAGCAGUGGAAAAGGUUCCAGCAUGUCUUCAGGAAAAGGAUCGCGUCGAGGAGCUUAG